AUGUCCAACGGUUCACCGUUUCUGUCGAGCUACUCGAAGUCGCCCAGUCAAUACUUGCUGACGAGCGACGAUACGGCAGUAUGGGGCGACAUUUCGAUGGAGCUUUGUCAAGACCAUUCGGAAGGCAUUGUCAGUCGUUGCGACAUUCCCCCAAUCGGUCUGCGCAAGGACAGUUUCGAGAUGAACAACUCGAACUCAUACCUGUCGCUGAAGCAGCUGAAGGACAAGGUGUUCCCGGCGUGGCGCUCGGUCAAAGCAUUCGUAUUCAUCAUCUGCAUCCUGAUCACCGUGCACGGCACGCUGGCCACCGGGUACAGCAUGUCGGUGUUGACGACGAUCGAGAAGCGCUUCAACAUCGCUAGCAAGACGGCCGGCUUCAUAAUCAGUUCUUACGAGUUUGGCACGUUGCUGUCCGUGGUAUUCGUCAGCUACUUCGGUUCCCGCGGCCAUAUUCCACGGUGGAUCGGCUUCGGCGGCUUAGUGCUAAGCUUCGGCUCGUUCCUGUUCUCGCUGCCCCAUUUCAUCGCCACGCCGUACGCCGCCUCGUUCCUGAACAUUACCAAAGAAGUGUUCUUGUCGACGUUCAAGAUCACGCCAUUCGUGCAAAAGCCGGAACUGUGCAAACUGAACGACACGUUCGUCAACGACACGUGUUCACCCGUCACCAGCAUCCCGAUCGGCAACUACGUGUUCAUCCUGUCGCUUGCCCAGAUAUUGCUGGGUGUCGGCGGAUCACCGUUACUCACCCUCGGCACUGCCUACAUCGACAACCACGUCGAGAAGGACAGUUCCUCCGUGUACCUGGGUGAGUAUGUUUCGUGUCACAACUGUUCGUGCCCACCGCGAGAUCUCUGCCUAAUGAAUUCCGUCUUGCCGAACGGUUUCAUUAGCUCAAGCUUUCGUUGA